AUGGAAGCUUACAAUGAGCCCAUCCCCAACAACAUUCCGCCUGAGAAGCGGCUGCCUCUGGUGGAGAACAAGUUGAAGAGAUUCAUGGCCCAGUUCGACGACAAGGUACAAAUUCUUGACCUCAAAUCGGGACAAACGAUCAUUAAGGAUCGGAACCUCUUCAUCAAGCGUUACACCUGCGUCUUCCGUGAGUCGGGCUCCAAACUUCAGGGGUCAUGCCUGAAGCGAUUCUACUUCGAUUCUUCAGGCCCAACCUACUGCAUUGACUAUGAGAUGCAUGAGAGCUUAGUGACUGCGAUGCCCGGCACACCUCCGGAUGGGAAGCUGGGCGUCCGUGAUCCACGAACAGAGCACCUUAUCGUGUUGUAUGAAGAGAAGGGCGGGAAGCUCACACGCAUGUGGCUGAGGCCUGACAGCGAAAAGUUGGGCAGCGACACAUAUGCUGGAGAGGACAUCCUAGCAGCCAGUGAAGCAUACAAGCAGUUUGAGGCGAAGCUGAAGGAAGUCACGGGUGGCAAAUUGGGAGAGCGCAUCUUCCACAACUACCAUGACAUCCCUAGCGUCGGCUGA